CUACUCUUCAAUUUGGAGAUUUUCGCCCCACCCAUCUAAACAUGAAACUAGUGAAAUAAAAAUUGAAAAUAAUUACCAAAAAUUAAGAAAUUAUGUGGACUUGCCAUCACGUUGUCAUAUUUAUUCUAACAUUUACAAGCUAUUCAUUCUUUCAUGCCACGCGUAAAACAUUUAGCAAUGUUAAGUCCACCAUAUCAAGUGAGUGGAGCUCUACCCCUGGAAAUAGGACACUUUGCAACAAGCCAGAAAAGUUGUGGACAGCUCAUCACAUGUUUGAUUCCUCAAAAGAUGUUGAAACUUACCUUGGAAUUCUGGAUGCAGUCUUUAUGAGCUCAUAUGCAGUGGGGUUGUACAUCAGUGGUAUGAUUGGCGACAGAUAUGAGCUACGUAAGGUCUUGUCUAUCGGAAUGUGUUUGUCGGCCAUUUCGGUUUUUGUUUUUGGACCAGUAUUUGAAUGGUCACAUUUCUACAACAAGUACACAUACGUACUCGUCUGGAUUCUGAAUGGCCUUCUGCAGUCAAUGGGAUGGCCGACGGUUGUAGCCAUCAUGGGAAACUGGUUUGGAAAAUCAAGUCGUGGGUUUGUGCUGGGUCUAUGGAGCGCUUGUGCGUCUGUGGGCAACAUUAUAGGAGCUCUGAUGGUCUCUCAAGUGCUGCAGUAUGGCUAUGAAUAUGCAUUCCUGGUUACUUCAACAGUAUUAUUUGCCGGUGGAAUCAUCAACUUCUUUGCUCUUGUGAACUCGCCAGAAGAAUUAGGUCUGGAGAGCCCAGAUGAAGAAUUAGAAGAGACAGAUUUUGAUAUCACUGUGAACCAAGAAGGACGCGACAGUUCUGCCUCCUUCCAACAUACACGAUAUGACACCGACCCGAAUGACACACAUGAUACAGAACCACUCCUUGGAGACGAGUCAGAAGUGAGAUUACAGCCCCAUCUCCAUAGCAGCAAUCAGAGAGUCGAGGCACUGAGCUUCAAGAAGGCCCUUCUAUUGCCUGGUGUUCUUAUGUAUGCAUUUUCUUAUUUCUGCCUGAAGCUGGUGAACUACUCUUUCUUCUUUUGGCUCCCGUAUUAUCUCCACAACAAGUUUGGUUGGGACGAGUCAAGUGCCGAUAAAAUAUCCAUUUGGUAUGAUGUCGGUGGCAUAGUGGGUGGAACAAUAGCUGGCAUUGUUUCUGAUUGUUUUGGUUUCCGUUCUGUGGUGGUUGUUCCUAUGUUGGUGCUUGCAAUUCCUUCACUGAUUGGCUUCAGUAAGUCGCCAAAUGACAUGACACAGAAUGCAGUUCUCAUGACAGUAACUGGGUAUUUUAUUGGGGGUGUGGCCAACCUGAUAAGCGCAGCCAUAUCAGCAGAUCUGGGCAAGCAGGGGCCAAUACAGGGAAACAAGGCGGCCCUUGCGACUGUCACAGGGAUCGUGGACGGCACGGGUAGUGUAGGGGCCGCCCUUGGACAGAUACUUGUGCCUUUAAUUCAGGAAAAACUAGGCUGGUUUUCAGUGUUUUAUUUCUUUAUCAUUAUGACCGUGUUAACAAUUCUAUGCAUCUUGCCGAUGUUUGUACGAGAGGCACCUGAAUUUUUCCGCGAAGUGAGAGGAUCGUGUAGAAAAUAUAGAUACUCUUGGUACUGCGGCAUUCACAAGCCACAAGACAUGUCCGCUAACCUCUCUGUGAACGAGGAUAACGACGAAGCUGAGUUGUCUGCUGACUAGUCAAAUUUUAUUGCAAUAAUUUCUGUGAUUUAAUUUUAAGUUAUCUAUUGCUUGUUGGUUUGAUUGCCAUAGUGUUUGUUUUGUUUGCAUUGUCGUCCACAUGUUAACACAUCAAUGUUGGUCAUAUCUCAAGAACAUUUAAAGAUAUUGGCAUGAAAUUUGGUACACAUGUUCACUUAGACACUACACAUGUACAUGUAUCAGCAAGUCCUGUAACACUGUUAAAAGUAUUUGUUGAGUUAUGCCCCUUCAUUGACCAAGAAAAACAGAUGAGUGUUUAGAUCCGCUUGUGAUGCUCUUGUCUUUUGUUAACAUUUUCAUUUAUGCUCUUAUUUCAUGAACAUAUUUCUCAAAUGUGAUUCAAUGAGUUUAUAUAUAUAUUAUAUUUGUUGUGGUGGUUAGUUUUUCCCAAAUUUGUUUUAUAAAUAUAUCAAUCUAUUUUUUAUUGCACUGUUUUAAAUACAAGGUUUCAUACCAUGUAAAUGUAUUUUUUAUUGUACUGUUUUAAAUGAUUUUGACAUGAUUACAUCAUUUACAUGUAUAUAAUAUAUACAAAUUAUGUAUGUGGAAAGUUACUUGUACAACAAGGCAGCAAGUAUACUAAUUAUUUUGUUAUUCAUGCUUGACUAUGAUCUCUUUCUAAAAUUAUUCCAAUUUAAUCAUUUUAGGAUUUUAUAUGUUCUUGACACAUUUUUAUGCCCGGAAGGACGGCACAUAGAAAUUGUCUGUCAGCCUAUACAUCUGUCCAUACAGGCCCUAAUACUAAUGGCUAUUUGGCCAACGAGGCCUUUCGGGGGCAUUUGUCACAUUUAUGGAACAGUUCGUGUUAUUAAUAAAUUGUAUUUAUUUUACUUUUAACAAAGAUUUUAGAAAAUUGCUAAUACCAUGUUAAGAAUGUUAUGUGUAUCUUGUAUCAAGGUUAGGCUAUGACUUGGAUAUAGUAAAAUAAAUAUCUCAAAACCAAUGUUAGAAAUGAAACGAAAAAGUAUAAUACUGAAUAAUUAACAAUCAGAAUUAAUAUCCAUGUGUUCCAUAAUUUAUUUUGAUACAUGUACAUAUGGUUGUUGUGUUUUACCUAUAAGUUUGUAAUGAGGAGCUGAUGUUUAGGGAUGAUCACUGACCAAAUCAUAAUCCUGAACAUUACUGAUUGCCUAUGGGGAAUACAUGCCACAAGUGAGGGUCAAGGAGCUAACACCUUAUUUCUAAUAGUUUCCAUAGACAUUUAUAUCAAUUUCAAGGCACUUUUUUAAUGCAAAUUUCCAACGAAAAAGAAAACAACAAUUUUACAACUCCACAAUAGUCUUUAGUUAUAAGUGCUCUAUCGUGAUUACGGGAUAAAUUCAUCUUCCAUCUUUCAUAAUUGUUUGUAUGGUGGAAAUGUAGAUGCAGAAAAACAUGCUUCAAGAUGUUGUAAUGGAAUACUGGUUAUUUUUUAACUCUGCAACUGUGAUACGUUUCUUGUAUUUGUACUGUAAUUUUGUAAAUUUGUUGAAUUUUUCAUUUUAAAUCCAUGUUAGCCUUCUUAACCAAUAAUUGUUAGGUGAUGUUGUUUUUAUAUCUUUCAAUAAUGAUUACUUUUGGCAGAUCAUAUUGGGCAAAUUGAUGUGAUUUCAUUUAUUUUUGCGUUGUAUAUUAACGUUGGACUCAAGGACAAAAAUAUUUCAUAUUUUUGUUAAUACAUGUAAUUAAAGUUUAGCCUUUGAAACACUGGGCAUGUUUAAAUGGGUAUUGUUUCAUUCACUCCUUCAAAAUUGGUAUUUCAACCUGUUUAAGGAUGAAUACAAUAUUUGUAAUAGACUGAAAUUAACUGAUAGAUACUUAUUAUUGAAAAUUGAAUCUCAUAUCAAAAUUAUAUUAAGUACAAAUUACAUGUAGUUGAAUCAUUCAAGUCUUCCAUGCUGACCAAAAUGGUAUUUCAUGAAAUGUUGAGGUAAGAAAAUAAAAGAUUAAUACAA